AUCUAUUCUAUAUCACCUGCUACCUACUGCACCAGUCCCAACUCUAUCAAAAUAGUUUAUAUUCCAUUUGCCUACCUUGGUCUUUCUCUGUUCUCUCUCUUCAGAUCAAAAGGUUUCUCUCUUCAGAUCAAGGGAGCUUUGAGAGGAGAUUUUAGAGUUGAUUCUUGGUGUAGCUGCAAUCAGCGGAAUAGAAGAUGUUUUUUGACGGAUAUGGAUAUCACGGGACAUCAUUUGAGCAGAUAUAUCGAUGCUACCCAGCUUCUUUUAUCGAAAAGCCCCAAAUUGAAAGUGGUGACAAAAUUAUAAUGCCUCCAUCAGCCCUUGACCGUCUCGCAUCUCUGCAUAUUGAUUAUCCAAUGUUGUUUGAACUGCGUAAUGAUGCUGCUGAGCGGGUUUCUCAUUGUGGUGUUCUUGAGUUCAUUGCAGAGGAAGGCAUGAUAUACAUGCCAUACUGGAUGAUGGAGAACAUGCUUUUACAAGAGGGGGACAUUGUUAAAGUGAAAAAUGUGACACUUCCAAAAGGGACAUAUGUUAAGUUACAGCCCCACACAAAGGACUUCUUGGAUAUUUCCAAUCCGAAAGCUAUCCUAGAAACGACACUGAGGAAUUUUUCCUGCUUGACUACUGGAGAUAGCAUUAUGGUGGCUUACAACAACAAAAAAUAUUACAUAGAUAUUAUAGAAACUAAGCCUGACAAUGCCAUAAGCAUAAUUGAGACUGACUGCGAGGUGGACUUUGCUCCUCCCUUGGAUUACAAGGAACCUGAAAAGCCCGUUGCACCGCAUCCUACUGGAAAGGCACCAGUGGCUGCUGAGGAUACCCCUGCCGAAACCGAGCCCAAGUUCAACCCAUUUUCUGGAACUGGGAGACGGUUGGAUGGAAAACCUUUGAAGUAUGAGCCUGAUGUUCCAGUUUCUUCUUCCUCAGGGUCAAAGGACAAGAAACCUGAUGUUCCAAAUGUCAAUUCGCAGUCUUCUACGACUUCUAGCUCACAAAGUAAUGCUCGUCAAUCUCAGGGCAAGCUUGUGUUUGGGUCAAAUGCAAACCGUUCUAAAGAGACCGGAAAGGCGAAAGAGCCAAAACCAGAGCCACCUAAAGAGAAGGAAGAGUCGAAAUUUCAAGCUUUUACAGGGAAGAAGUAUUCUUUACGGGGUUAAUUUUAUAUCAGUCAAUUAAAUGUCCUUUUUCUUACGUUCUGCAUGGAUUCAUGUCUAUUGCAAAAACUUGUAUUUUUUUUUGUAUUAUAAGCAGUAGAUAGACCAGUAGCCCCCAAUGAAAAUACUUAGAUUACCUUGAUUACUUGUGAAUGAAGUUAUUGCCAUCUCUAGGGAGAUUUUGUUCAUGAUUUGGUAAUAUAGUUCUGGUCUGUUCGUAUUAGAUGGAAUUUUUCAUUAAGUGACUA